UCUCUCAUAACCAUAUGCCCUAGGAUCUCUCUCUCUCUCUUAUUAUUUGUUUUCUUUCUUGACAAAUGUGAAAUUGCUAAGCUGUCCAAAACAUGGCAUCAUGCCUAUAAAUACAAUAUGUAACGAGCUAACAUUCCCAAACACAUUCGAAAAUAAAACACCCCAACCAAAAGUCAUACGUACAUGGAGAUUUAAGCUCUUAUAUAUACAUUUUAUUAUUUUCACUGAUGGCGAAGCACAAAAAGAUGAACAGAACCAACCUCAAAACCGUGGCCGAAAAGCUUCAAAAGAUGAGAAUAAUGUCGACGUUAAGCGGCCGUACCAAAUCCAACUCUGUCCCCCAAGACGUCAAGGAAGGCCACUUUGCGGUGCUCGCCGUGGCCGGAGAUGAGCCGAAUAAGAGGUUCAUAGUUCCAUUGAGUUGUUUGACACACCCUAGUUUCCAAAGGCUACUUGAGCAAGCCGCCGAGGAGUAUGGCUUUGACCAAAACGGCGCGCUCACUGUUCCUUGCCGGCCAAGCGAGCUAGAAGGAAUUUUGGCCGAGCGGUGGCAGGAGGUGGACGAAGGAUUGUCUUCAUCGUCAUCAGUAUCAUCGUCGUCAUCAGUAUCAUCAACAUCUUCCUCAUCUAAUAGUAAUGUAAAUGGCAGGGUAAACUGGGGCUCUUUUAAAACCAUGGUGCAAAGCUACUAGUAAUAAUGAGUCUUUACGAAAUUAUAUAUUGAUAUGGUAACUUAUUUAUUUUGUAAAAUUAGAGUUGCUCAUCUCAUAAAGCAUUUAUUUGUUCUAUGAUGAUUUGGAGGACAUGUUU